CUGGGUACGAACUUGACAAAAACAUGGCGGACGAGAGUGACCGAAAUGUCCUGUAGCGGACCACAAGAACGUAUUAGAUAUUUUCGUUAUGGCUCAAAUGAGAAACUCUGGCCCUGGUGCUCUUCUGAUAUCGAAUUAUGAGGUUUCCUCGAAGAUUGAUGCAUUCUAUACUGGAGGCAAAGUACAGUUCUCAUCCAAGGAAGACCAUUUAUUCUGUACGUGCAAUGACAAGGUUCAAGUUGUUCACGUUGAAACUGGCAAGGUUGUUCAUACACUGCAAGAGGAAGGUGAUGUUAUAAGCUGCUUUGCUGCAAGUCCUGACGACAAGUUCUGUGUAACAGCAAGUAAAAGUUUGCUUUUGAGACAAUGGGAAUGGAACACUGGUGAGCAGAUACGAACUUGGAAAGCUGUUCAUAGAGCCCCUAUUGUUUCAAUGACUUUUGACGCCACAUCAACACUUUUGGCAACUGGUUCAAGUGACAGUACAGUAAAAGUCUGGGAUAUUAUUAAACAAUACUACACACACAAUUUUAAAGGAUCACAAGGAGUGGUUAAUUUAGUUUCGUUUCAUCCCAAUGCAAAUGUUCUUCAGCUCUUCUCUGCAUCAGAUGACUGCAAGAUACGAGUAUGGGAUUUGAAGAAAAGCAGAUGUGUUGCUGUUUUGGAGAGCCACUUCAGUGUUGUAACUUCUCUUGCAUUCUCUCAAUCCGGAGAGACAAUGAUAAGUUCAAGUAGAGACAAUGUGCUAAAUAUGUGGGAUGUUUCUGACAAAAAAUUGCUGAAGACAAUUCCAGCUUUUGAGGGUGUAGAGUCAGUGAUCACUCUGCCUAAAGGCAGCAAUUGUCCUGGAUGCAAAAAUAAGGAGAAAGAAUAUUUCAUGACUGCUGGCAGUAAAGGUCAGCUAAGGGUUUGGAGUUUUCAAGAUGGUAAAUGUGUUUUUACUGAGACUGUUCUCAGUGCUAGAAGGAGUAAUAAGAGCGAAAACAAUAAUGAUGAAGAUGGCAAUCAACAGAUUGUUCAUGCCACCUUAUGCAGGAACCUGGAUCAAGUUGCAGUGGUCACAUUUGACCACAACAUUGUGUUUCAUGAGCUGGAAUCACUGAAGAGAACUAAGCAGUUUGUAGGAUACAAUGAUGAGAUCUUGGACUUGAGUUUUGUUGGUGACAAAGAGAGCCAUCUUUCUGUGGCAACUAACAGUAGUCAGUUGCGGAUAUAUGAGUUGGCCUCCAUGAACUGCCAGCUAUUGGAGGGACACACCGAUAUUGUCUUAGCUCUGGAGAUAAACAGUGCAGGUGAUAUGCUGGUCACUGGAUCAAAGGACAAUACAGUGCGUGUCUGGCAGAUGAACAAACAAUGUGAAUUCCGUUGUGUAGGCACAGGGUUGGGACAUACCCAUGCUGUCCACACAGUCGCAUGGUCCAGGCUUGACAACUCUUUUGUAGCAAGUGGGAGUCAGGAUAACACCGUCAAGAUAUGGAAAAUACCUCCAAAAAUAGAUGAUCUGGAUUCACCGAUCAAGUUGUCAGUCAAGCUAACCGAGAAAGCACAUGAUAAGGGCAUUAACUCUGUCACAAUUUCACCCAAUGAUAAGCUGAUGGCGACUGGUUCACAAGAUAAAACGGCAAAGAUCUGGAUGAUAUCCAAUGGUUCACUUCUGGGCACUUUACGCGGCCAUAAGAAAGGAAUCUGGUGCGUAAGAUUUUCGCCUGUGGACCAGUGCUUGGCGACUUCAUCUGCAGAUUCAACCAUCAAGAUCUGGGCCCUGUCUGACUUCACAUGUGUUAAGACACUAGAGGGACAUACCAGCUCGGUUUUAAAGAUCUGUUUCUUGACCAGAGGAAUGCAGCUUGUCUCGAGUGGCUCUGAGGGUCUUCUCAAACUGUGGACCAUAAAAACAAACGAGUGCGUCAAGACGUUUGAUCAACAUCUGGACAAGGUGUGGAGUAUAGCUGUGAAUAAAAACCAAGAUCAACUUAUUUCAGGAGGCGCAGACUCAGUGAUUAAUAUUUGGAAGGAUGUCACAGAGAUCGAACAAGAGCAAGCGCAAGCUGUCAUCGAAGAGAAUAUUUUAAAACAACAGGAACUGUCAAACUUAAUCGCUGACAAGAAUUAUCUCCAAGCAAUUAGUCUAGCCAUCACAUUGGAGCAGCCUUUUAGAGUUAUGAACAUCGUUAAAGAUAUCCUUCUUACUGAAAAUGGAACAGAAGAGUUGACAAAAGCAAUCAAAUCAUUCAGGGAAGAUCAACUCGAUGCUAUGUUGAGGUUUAUUGUGCAGUGGAACACUAACUCGAAGAACUGCCAUGUCGCUCAAUCUGUGCUUUCUAUUAUCUUAAGGAACAAUUCUCCUUACAAUCUGAUGAAGAAGAAAAACAUCAAAGACACAAUGGAAGCCCUUCUUUCCUACAGUGAAAAACAUUUCCAACGGAUGGAUCGACUCCUACAGCAAAUGGAGUUUAUUGAAUACACUUGGCAGUCCAUGAAGCUGUCUGGUCCCCUCAUGUUGACCACACCCAGAACUGUUAGUGCCACUUCAGGGGCUGCUUCUACAAGUGAUUCCGCUAUAGAUAGCAGGCUCAGAGUACUGGAUGACAACUCUCGGGAACAAGGUACGAGCGAUGUUCCGCAUGAUGUGCCCUCCAUUCCUGACCACUCACGGUCAGAUGAAGUAGUGGAGGAAGAGGACGAGAAAAGCACAGGGAAUGGAACAGACAUUCAUGAAGAUGGCGAUAACGAAAGGAUGAAUGGAGCAAGUGAUCACGAUGAUUUUGAAAAUGAAAGCGAAGGUGAUAUUGUACGGGGCGCAACGCAGAACGGGCACGUGGUUGGAUUGAAGGAUCGAAAUACGGUGCAGAAUGAAAGCUCUGAUGACAUGAGCGAUCGUGACUCGAAAAAAAGAAAAAGCCCUGAUAGAGAGGAGCAGUUCGAGGUUCGCACGAAAGGAGACGUCAUGCCAGAUAUUUCGACAAAGAAAAGGAAAACGAAGAGAGCAUCCGAAGGAUUCAAAGUGAAGAAGAAAACCAAGGUAAAAGUUCCUCAGCAAAGGACGAUGAAAAUAAAAACGAGAACUGGUCUUGGUGUAAAAUCACGGCGCAAGAUAAAACUCAAAACAAAAACUGCUUAGCCUAGGUCCUUGUUGAUGGCGAGAAUAGGCAACCAUUGGACGAGGUUGAUAUCGUGAAUUAUCAAUGCCGAGGUCUGAGUUAUCUGCUAAAGCUGAAGGCUGAGGCAGAUUACACAGGCACGAUACUUUAGCUUAGGUGUGCCAGAAACGCCGAAUAGCGUGCUGUUUGCCGUGACCAUGUUGCUCAGGUGCUCUGCUGGAAGGGCUUUUCCGCGUUUUGAAAUCUUGAGUUGAUCGUGCUUGGUUGCAAGUGUUUGUCAAAUUGGCGAAAAGAAUUCGUCUGAGGAGUCUUAACACUCGGUAUAUGGCGAUUGUAUCGCGGUUGUAUCGCACGUAGAUAUCGCGUAAGAACUCCAUUUCGUGUAAAGACCCCUUUUCCUCUUUAAUUUAUUUUCAAAAGUUAAUAACUUAGUAAAUAGAGACAUAUUCUUAUGAUUUAAUCUCCCUGGAAGCAAGGUCAAAUUUCUUGUACAUCAAUAAAUAAUUACUUAAAUCCUGUCCAAAAAUAAAAGUAUAAAUUUUUGUUAAAUUUCCAUUAAACUACGAUACAACUACGUUGUGACUAGUAGGAUAGAUGUGAAAUUUUGUAGUUUUUUUAUGUAGCCUUUGGCCUUCCUCGUAUUCUUGUUGUUAGCUUGGAUCAUGCCAUGGAAAAACAGUUUGAUCACACAGUCGUAAAUUAAUUUGCCCGUAAUCAUCGAGUGGG